GAGUAUCAUCAUGGGGUCUACUGCUACAGAAAUUGAAGAACUAGAAAACAGCACUUUUAAAUAUCUCAUAGGAGAACAGACUGAAAAAAUGUGGCAACGUCUGAAAGGCAUACUAAGAUGCUUAGUGAAGCAGCUGGAAAAAGGUGAUGUUAACGUCAUAGACUUAAAGAAAAAUAUUGAAUAUGCAGCAUCUGUGUUGGAAGCAGUUUAUAUUGAUGAAACAAGAAGAUUGCUGGAUCCCGAUGAUGAGCUCAGUGACAUUCAGUCAGAUUCCGUCCCCUUGGAAGUCCGGGACUGGUUGGCUUCUACCUUUACGCGAAAAAUGGGGAUGAUGAAAAAGAAAUCUGAGGAAAAACCAAGAUUUCGGAGUAUUGUUCAUGCUGUUCAAGCUGGAAUUUUUGUGGAAAGAAUGUACAGAAAGUCCUAUCACAUGGUUGGCUUGGCAUAUCCAGAAGCUGUCAUAGUUACAUUAAAGGAUGUUGAUAAAUGGUCUUUUGAUGUAUUUGCCUUGAAUGAAGCAAGUGGAGAACACAGUCUAAAGUUUAUGAUUUAUGAACUAUUUACCAGAUAUGAUCUUAUCAACCGUUUCAAGAUUCCUGUUUCUUGCUUAAUUGCCUUUGCAGAAGCUUUAGAAGUUGGUUACAGCAAGUACAAAAAUCCAUAUCACAAUUUGAUCCAUGCAGCAGAUGUUACUCAAACUGUGCAUUACAUAAUGCUUCAUACAGGUAUCAUGCACUGGCUCACUGAACUGGAAAUUUUAGCAAUGGUCUUUGCCGCUGCCAUUCAUGAUUACGAGCAUACAGGAACUACGAACAACUUUCAUAUUCAGACAAGGUCAGAUGUUGCCAUUUUGUAUAAUGAUCGUUCUGUUCUUGAAAAUCACCAUGUGAGUGCAGCUUAUCGACUUAUGCAAGAAGAAGAAAUGAAUGUCCUGAUAAAUUUAUCCAAAGAUGACUGGAGGGAUCUUCGGAACCUAGUGAUUGAAAUGGUUUUAUCUACAGACAUGUCAGGUCACUUCCAGCAAAUUAAAAACAUAAGAAACAGUUUGCAGCAGCCUGAAGGCCUUGACAGAGCCAAAACCAUGUCCCUGAUUCUCCACGCAGCAGACAUCAGUCACCCAGCCAAAUCAUGGCAGCUGCACCACCGAUGGACCAUGGCCCUGAUGGAGGAGUUUUUCCUACAGGGAGAUAAAGAAGCUGAAUUAGGGCUUCCAUUUUCCCCGCUUUGUGAUCGGAAGUCGACGAUGGUGGCCCAGUCUCAAAUAGGUUUCAUUGAUUUUAUAGUAGAGCCAACAUUUUCUCUUCUGACAGACUCAACAGAGAAAAUUAUUAUUCCUCUUAUAGAGGAAGCUUCAAAAACCCAGAAUCCUUCCUAUGGAGCAAGCAGACGAUCAAAUAUGAAAGGCACCACGAACGAUGGAACCUACUCCCCUGACUACUCCCUUACAAGCGUGGACCUGAAGAGCUUCAAAAACAACCUGGUGGACAUCAUCCAGCAGAAUAAAGAGAGGUGGAAAGAAUUAGCCGCUCAAGAGCAGAGGCUUAACAAAACUGUUGACAGAGGAACUAUAAUAACUGCAGAAAUUCAGGACAUAUAAAAUGAUAUUGCUCCAGCGUGUGUGAACUCCUCAACUAUAUCUGCAUGGACAAUAAAACUUGGAAGGAAUGUAGAAGUUUUCUGAUAGUAAACAUUUUUAAGUAAAACAUUAUACAUGUUGGCAGCUCUAAUUUGACCAAAAGACUUAGGGAUUUAAGUCUGCUUGCUGGAAAUCUACAGGGCCCUAUGAAAGAAAGGGGAUCCAUUUUUGCAGAUGUUGAAUUGAUGUCACAAACCAGAUAAGUAACAGCUACAAAUUCUUUGGUUGACCUGGUUCAGCUGCUGUGACUAUAUCAGUAUGUUUAUGUUUUCAAAUAUCUUAAGUGGCAUUCUAUAGCAUAUUUUUAUUAAGAUAAUACAAUGAGCAUUAAUAAAUUUUCUUUGAGUAGCUAAUCAAUAACUGUCAUUUCUGCAAUAAAGCUUACCCAUAUAGUUUCACUUUAGAUGUCCUUUUUCCAAAACAUCAGAGACUGUGAUAAACAAUUUAUCUUUUAUAUUAAUUCUACCAUUUACCCACUGAACAAAUGUUUUAAUGGCCUUCUGCCAUAAAAAAUGAUUUAAAAAAUUUUUAAGGGACAGAUAUCUUUGAAAAAAUAUUUGUCUUUUAGUAGGUGUGAAUGGUAGGGGUAAAAUGGCUUAAUAUAUUGGUUUUUAUGGCAUUUGAGAAAGACCUGUCCAAUAUAUAAUUUAGUUUAAAGUUAGUCAAGUUAUUUUCUUCCUGAAAAUUUAAUUUUUUUUUAAGAAUUGCUAUUCUACCCCAUCUACAUUGUGAUCCCAUAGUAGUUGACUUAAUGGUUAUUGUACUGGUCUUGUAGGAACAUCCCCAUAAUUAAGUAACAGAUUGGCUGGUGUCUAAUGUUUAAGAAUGUGUAUUCACAGAGAAGUUUAUUUCUUCCUACUCUCUGACUCUGUCUUUGGGGGAAAAAAGCUGUCAUUUACCUGUUAGAUUUAAUUUCAAAGAUAAGUCAUACAUUCGUACUGAAGAAAGACCAAAAAAACAUAGCAGGUAUUACGUUAUACCCAGGAAGUCUGCCUAGUAUAGAGUUAGGAUUCAGAGCUCUGACCUAGACUAUUUUAUCCAAUCCUGUUCUCAUCACUUAUUUGCUAUGUAAUUGAACAAAUUAUUUAAUCUAUUUACAGUGAGGAUCACACAAGUAGCUGUCAUGAGAAUUAAAUCUGUAAGUUAUGCAAAGUGCUCAGAAUUUAGUGUUUUCUACCAUAAUUCUUAUUAUCCUCCUGGGCUAACGUAUGUGACUUCAAACUAUAUGGAAAUCUUAUAAAAGGCUUCCUUAGAAAAGUAUACUAUGGAAAAAUGCUACCUACUCAUAAAAAUUCUGAUAUGAGUUUAUGCUUAACUCAUGAGAAAACAUGCAGUAGAUCAAUUCCAUCGAUCAAGUGAGUGAAUUGCUACAUGGUGAAUUGAACUUGACUCUUCUAUCAGUUUCCAUUCUUAGUUAAUCCAUCAAGUUAGCCUAUAGAUUAUAUCUCACAAAUAUCUCUCAAAUCUAUCCAGUUCUCUGCAUGAGUGAAUGAAGGAAUGGAAUUGGCUCAUUCUGAAUAGCUGGUAUAGCUACUCAAUUUGUAGAGCUGAAAAUGAACCACCUUUAAAUACUUUAUGUUGAGGAUCCUUCCACUUAAAAUACUUGCCUUUAGUUUUUCUUGGCAUAGAAUUCUUUAGGAAAAGAAAACAAUUCUAAAAGAAGAAAAGUUUGACUAAUCCAGCAAACUUGGUUUAUGGCAAUUCACUUCUUUCCCAAAAGAAUACAUUACCAUCAUAGUUACUAUUCCUGAAAGUAUGCCUAGAUUUAGCCCUUGUAUAUAGCCCAAACUCUGGUUCUGAAAAACUUCUUCUAGGACUGUUGUUCAUUCUUUGGCUAAUAUAAUUUUCCCUUGUUAACUAUAGGAAUCUAGGAAAUUCCCAGAAAUCAUGCAAAAAAAGAUUUAUAGCCAAAGUCUUUGCCCUUUUUUAGAUAUAUUUAAUUUCUCUGAAGAAAUGAUGAAAAAUGAAGGGAAAAGAAAAGUGAUCCAAGAAAUCUCUUCAGGUGAGGUUUAGUAUAUAAGGCUAGAGAAAAUGAUGAAAACCUUCAAGAAUCUGAUGCCCAAACUUUUUUUCCAUAUAAUUUUCAAAACCCAGUCGAGGCUCAUUUUCUAGCAAGAUAGCUUGUAAUGAGUGAUCUUGGAAGACUUGUACUAAUUGUGAUUUGUGGGGGUAAAGAGAGAAAUUCAGCACAAGAAUCCACUCAAUAAUAUUAUCUCCAUCACUCUGGACAUGGGAUUCAUUCAGAAGAGUCCUAUGUUCUCAUAUCCUUCUGUCAUGAAUGAGGCUUCUAUAAAAUAUGCUGUGCCAGUCUGCUGUUUAGAGAAAACCCAGAGUUAUCAGUAAGAAAUGGAAAUCUCAUCAAACAAAAGAAAUACAACAAAAAUGAGGUAAUUGUUUUGAUGUUUUUGAUGUAGAGAUAAUUGAACACCCAUGAUUUUUUAAAUUUCGUAUUGGAGUAUAGUUGAUUUGCAAUGUUGUGUUAGUUUCAGGUAUGCAGCAAAGUGAUUCAUAUAUAUAUUUUUCAGAUUAUUUUCUCAAAUAUACUUAUUUUAAAUAAGUAUACCUCCAUCAUGAGAUUUAUCCUAUUAUAUCGGUUAUUAUAGAAUAGAGAUCGCAACUGCUCCCACAAUCCUGGCUAAAUGCUGUAGAUCAAUAAAAUGCUUUGUAACUAAUUGCUUAAAGUGCUUUUAUUUUAAAGCAUGGAUUUACAAUUUAUAAAUGUACUGUAAUAGGAGAACAUUGCAGAUAUGAUCGAGAGAAGCAAUUUAUUCCACUACUGAUUUCAGCAACCAUUAAGUGGAUAAAGUUUUCUCUACACAUUUCUUCAAAUAGCCCCUUGCCACAGCCAGCCUAAGUUAGAUAAGAACAGGUACAAAGGAGAGAAAAAAAUAGCCUGGGAGGCAUUUUGUAAAAAUACCAGUUUUUCACAUUCCGGGUUAAAGGAUAGCUGGAUAUGUGAGAUUGAUUUCUAUUUUGGCUGGUUCUUAGACUUUAAUCAAUGUAGUUACCAACUCUGCCUUCUAAGAUUUGGUGACUUAAAGAUAAUAAGAUGGGGAGAAAAAAAAAAAACAGAAAAAAGUCAUUUGGGCAUUUAGUAUAUUUGGCAAGCAAUAUGUAUAGCAUACCAUCAGGGACAGCCAAAACUUCUGAGAAUUUUGGAUUAUGCAGGCCACUGAUAUAUUCUAAAUCUUUUUCUGUAGUAGGUACCUACUUGCUGAAAAUUUUGUAUUCAGCUUGGUGAAGAUUUUAAGUGUUUUUUGUCUCCAAGGGAAAAGUGAUGAGCAAAAUCAAAGGAGACAUACUUUCCUGAUUCUUUCUUCUCUCAUCUUCCCUAGAUAGAAACUCAUACCAAAAAAAAAAGUGCCUCCUCCACUGAAAAAUUUGAUCAUAAACAGUAAAAAAUGAGAAAUUUGUGAUGUUCACAGUCUCUAGGUUAGAAGCAAUUCAUUGCUUUUGCUACAUAUGAAUAUGCAAAGAAAACAGUGUAUUCAGUUUGUGAUCCCUGAAGUCUAUAGUGAAUUGCGGGAUGGUGAGUCAGAAACUCUUGAGACAAAAACUAUUGCAGGGUUUUCUCAUUUACACCUUUUGAUCUUUUGUAAGCAUAGAUAUUUACCUCAGUCAUGUAUUUAUGUUGGGCUUUAAAUUGAAUAACAUCUCAUUACUCCUGGAGUCAUGAACGUCUGUUCUUUCUCCUCUGUGGCAUUAGCAAGAUAACACUUGGCUCUUUUCUGCAGCACUUCAAUUUGAAAUCUCCCUAAGUGUGGGUCUUGGAUUUGAGGCUUUCUUCAUCUGUCUUCCACUGCAGGUUUUACUAUAGAAAGCAAUUGUAAAAAGAGAGUUUUGGUUUGUAGAAAGUGCUGCUAAACCUGAUUUUUUUUUUUUUUUUUUUGGCAGCUUGUCAGAGCAGGAAGAUGAAAAAUGUCAUAUUUAUUCCUCAUUUCUCAACUUGAAUCUUUGCAAUUAUAUUUCUCCAAACAACACAAAAUGGUUUCACUUUUUCAGAUCCAAUGGAAACUUGCCCCUUUAGGUUAGGAAGUUAGCACUGUGUGACCAAAUUUUCAGUUUAGUGCAUGACUCUGUGUUUGAAGCCCCAGUUCUGCUCUUUAGAUGAUAUAUGAUUUUGAGCAAUAGAAAUCGUUGGGAGGAUUAAGUGAUAAAAUAGAAGCAGCACUUGGCAUAGUGCUUGGCACAUAGUAAGUAUUCCCUAAAUGUUAACUACUGUUUUUGCUGUUGCUACUAAUAUUAUCGUUAAUAAUAAUAAACUUUGUCAUUGUUAAUCAUUUAUCUAUACUCUUUCUUGCACAGAUUACAUAUGAUUUAAUAAAAAAAUAAUAGCACAUUCAUGUUAAAAUACAUUUAUACAGAUUUUAAUAAGAAUUUAAUAUUUAAAAUAGUUUCUGUAUUGUAUCCUUUUUAAAGAUUUUGUAUAACGACCCAGACUUGUAAAUCUGAUGACAUCUUAUGUCCAUGUUUGGUCCAUUUUAAAACACAAGGGUUCAGAACCUUAUGGAAAAUUGUAGACCAGAGAUUGUGGAUAAGUGGAAAGUUACAUAUGUGCAGGAACCAUUGUUUUUUCUUUCUGACAUUGUUAAAGUUGAGCAAUUUGAGAAAUAAUUUCUGAGAGUAGUUGCAUUGUUAUUAAAUCCUACCUUGAAAGUAGAACCUUCAACUAUUUUUAACUUUCAAAUUGAGUAGAAAUGGCCACAAAGCAACAAAAUCAAGAAUUGAUCUUUUAAUAGUUUUCUAGAGCUAGUAAACAUAAAUGACACUCUAUUCUACACAUAUAAGGAAGUGAAAAUUAAUAGCUUAUUUUAGAAUAAUAUACCUCAGGUGUUUUUGCAGGAUUAUCUACAUUCAAAAGAGUGUAAUUAUGUUCAGCCCUCCAUUUAGGCACAAAAGUGCAUUUCCAUAUUGACAUACUUAAACAUUUUUACUGAAAGCAAUUGAAAUCUUUUUUCUUUUUUUCUUAAUCCAACUUUAAAUAGAAAAUCCAAUUAACUAGAAUACUAAAAGCAAAGCCAAAUGUUUCUAUCAUUUUAUAAUUUUUUCCACGUUUUAACUUUUGAAACUACUUUAGAAAACUAAAAUUAGUUUUCUGCAUGCAUUUUUUCUACUUAUAAAUGAUAAAGAAAAAGUGAUUUUUUGGCACACCUCUCAGGCUCAAUUUUCAUCUCAUCUUUCAUCCCUGAUUGAGAAACUAGAGAAGGCCCACAUUGCCUCUCACAUUAAAUUGGUUCUAAGAGCCAAACCUUAAAAUUUCCGCAACUUUUUGCUACCACUCUUUACAGCAGAUAAAGUAUGAUUUGAGUGGUCUUCAUUUCACUACCCCCUAGACCUUCUUCCUCCAUUGCUACCCUCCCAACGCGUCUACCUCCAAAGAUAAUCAAUGCCCUCACAUUUCCCUGCCACCAGAGCUUGCUUAAAAAAGAAAAGAAAAAAAUCUGUGAUUCAGUCGGACAAAUCCCAUCUGGGAAUAAGAACAUUUCAAUAGGUAUUAGAGCUUACCCCUAAAAGAAUGAUACUGAAGGAGAAACUGUUUCUUCAACCAGAGGAUAGAGUUUUUUUUUAACUGGGCUUUACUCCUUCCUUGGUACAUCUUUUUCUUUCUUAUCUCCUGCCUUUGCUCAUAUUCUGCUCUUCCAGCUCACCUCCUUACUCCUUUCAUUAAGAGAACAUUCCUAUCCUCAUGCCACAAAACAUAUGCAUCCUGUAGACCUAAUUUUAGAUGGAACUCUUUCAAGGAGCCAGCUCACUACCUCCUACUGUUUAAACUCUAGUGUCAGUGGAACUUAAACAUUAAGAUUUCUGGCUAUUUGACGUGGGUUUGGCUCCCCAAAUUGGGUAAAAUGUCUUUGAAUGGCAAAGGAAUGUACACAAAUCUUUCAGUGUCCCUAGAUCACCCAUAGAAUACUUUGUGCAUUGGGAUUCUUUCUGGAGUUUGCUGAUGUAAACUGAUGUGCUUUGUAUUGCUUUAGCAAACAACAACAACCAAAAAAUGACCUAUCUGGAGUUCCUGUUGUGGCUCAGUGGGUUAAGAAUCUGAUGUAGAGUCCAUGAGGAUGUGGGUUCAUUUCCAGGCCUUGCUCAG